CGAAACCAGAGUUCGCAUUUAAAAACAAAACAAAACAAACAAAAAAAACAGACUGAGGAGAAUUUCACUUAACUUUGCAUGGGCACAUCUAUUCCAGGGGUGAGCAGCUGUCUCGUGCGCUUCAGUAGCAGUGAGAUAUUCAUGAAGACAGCAGCAAACCAAUGUCCACUGAUAACACUUCUGUUAAACACACUUCUGUCCAUCAACGGAUGAACACCGACUUUGAAAAGUAUCCUUUACCACGGUAUUGCAAGAGGUGGAGCAACGAUGACCUUCAGAGGCAUGCAUUGGCUAAGAACCGGCGCAUGGCUAUGCGGAGACCGGCCUACAUGUUUAACGCCCGUUACAAUAGUCUAUCGCCAACAGAAGAACGUUUCCUAGAGGCGGCAGAGUAUGGAAAUAUCCCUGUCAUCCGUAGGAUGCUAGAAGAACUCCCAGAUCUUAAUGUCAACUGUGUGGACUACAUGGGCCAGAAUGCAUUGCAGCUUGCGGUUGCCAAUGAGCACCUGGAAGUGACGGAACUCUUGCUGAGGAAAGAGAACCUGGCCAGGAUUGGUGACGCUCUGCUUUUAGCCAUAAGUAAAGGCUACAUUCGUAUAGUGGAGGCCAUUUUGGGCCACCAAGCCUUUGCGGACACAUCUAAACUUACUAGCAGCCCCCUCCAGGCAGAGACGCAAGGCGACUUCUUUGCCUAUGACGAGGAUGGCACUCGGUUUUCCCAUGAUAUUACACCCAUUAUACUAGCUUCUCAUUGCCAUGAAUACGAGAUUGUGCACAUUCUGCUAAGAAAGGGCGCCCGCAUUGCACGCCCACAUGACUACUUUUGCAAAUGCAACAGCUGCCUCUAUCACCAGAGGCACGACUCUUUUAGCCAUUCGCGUUCAAGAAUCAAUGCCUACAAAGGGUUGGCAAGCCCUGCCUACCUUUCCCUGUCCAGCGAGGACCCGGUACUGGCGGCUUUGGAGCUCAGCAAUGAACUGGCUGUACUGGCCAACAUAGAAAAAGAGUUCAAGAACGAUUAUAAAAAGCUGUCUAUGCAAUGUAAGGAUUUUGUAGUUGGACUUCUGGAUCUGUGUCGGAAUACAGAGGAGGUGGAAGCCAUUUUAAAUGGAGACACAGAGGCAGGUGGCCACUUUGACAAGGGCGGCAGACCUAAUCUAGUUCGCUUAAAACUGGCCAUCAAAUAUGAGCUGAAAAAGUUUGUAGCCCAUCCAAACUGCCAACAGCAGCUUUUGUCCAUAUGGUAUGAGAAUCUGUCAGGGCUCAGGCAGCAAACCACAGCUGUCAAGUUGCUGGUGGUUCUGGGGGUGGUGGUUGGACUUCCCAUCCUGGCCUUACUGUACUGGAUAGCACCCUCAAGCAAGUUGGGGAAGAUCAUACAUGGACCUUUCUUAAAAUUUGUGGCACACGCAGCUUCUUUCACAAUCUUUCUUGGCCUUCUCAUAAUGAAUGCUGCCGACCGUUUCGAAGGGACAUCUCUCUUACCAAAUAUGACCAUCCAUGACCACCCCUCCCAGUUGUUCCGCAUGAAGACCACCCCUUUUACCUGGAUGGAAAUGCUGAUUAUUUCCUGGGUCGUAGGAAUGAUUUGGGCUGAAUGUAAAGAGAUAUGGUCUCAGGGUCCUCGGGAAUAUCUGCAAGAGCCAUGGAAUUUGCUGGACUUUGGAAUGCUGGCCAUUUUUGUGACUUCAUUCAUUGCUAGAUUUAUGGCGUUUUGGCAUGCAAAUGUUGCACAGAAUUACGUCGACAAGCACUACACAGAUCUAUCAAACAUUACCUUGCCCCUUGAGAUAGAAUACUAUCGUCUUGCUCGCGUCCACUGGGUUCCUUCAGACCCUCAGCUGAUCUCUGAGGGCCUUUAUGCCAUCGCAGUGGUUCUGAGCUUCUCUCGGAUUGCGUACAUCCUACCGGCGAAUGAGAGCUUUGGGCCCUUGCAGAUCUCUCUGGGUAGGACUGUGAAAGACAUAUUUAAAUUCAUGGUGAUCUUCAUAAUGGUGUUUGUGGCCUUCAUGAUGGGGAUGUUUAACCUCUACUCGUACUAUCGUGGAGCCAAGCAGAACGGCGCCUUCACAACGGUUGAGGAAAGCUUUAAAACUUUAUUUUGGGCUAUUUUUGGACUUUCUGAGGUCAAGUCUGUUGUCAUCAACAACGGCCACAAAUUCAUUGAGAAUAUUGGCUAUGUACUUUACGGAGUCUACAACGUUACCAUGGUUAUCGUCUUACUCAACAUGCUCAUCGCCAUGAUCAACAACUCAUUUCAGGAAAUUGAGGAUGAUGCAGAUGUGGAGUGGAAGUUUGCCAGGGCUAAGCUGUGGUUUUCAUACUUUGAAGAAGGAGGGACGCUGCCUGUGCCCUUUAAUCUCAUCCCCAGCCCAAAAUCAGUCAUCAGCCUGGCUAUGAAUCUCAAACAGCUCCUGCUAAUACCUCUUCACAGACACAAAGAGGACCUGAAGGAGGACACGGAGCUCAAUGAGUCGGGUAAACAAAAAGAAUCCAGUGAGAAGAGUUCACCUCAUACAAGUCGUUACCAGAGGAUCAUGAAACGGCUAAUCAAACGAUAUGUGAUCAAAGCGCAGACUGACAAAGAGGGAGAUGAAGUCAAUGAAGGGGAGCUAAAGGAGAUAAAGCAGGAUAUUUCAAGUUUACGCUAUGAGCUGCUGGAGGAGAAAUCCCGUCAGACGGAGGAGCUAGCAGAACUGGUCAGGAGACUGGGAGAGAGAAUAACCGGUCAACGAAACCUGUAG